CUGAUUAGAUUGGAGAAAGCCAAAGGAGGUCUACGGGUAUACUAUUGAGCAAUGGGAGAGACAGAGAAGAGAGAGGCAGAGGGGAGGGUGACUAAGUGAAUGCAGUUUGCUGUCGCGUGUCACAGAAUCACAGCGAAGUCCACAGGCAGGCGGAUGGAUCGGACCUGAAUCAACAAAUGGAUACAGAAAAACUGGAUGUACACUGCAUAUGUGGAGAAAAUAACAGAGGACGAAGAGGCUGCCUUCAUAUCCUUUUAUCUCUGCACCAGAUACUACUGUGUGGAACCCACGGGGAGGGAAAGGAAAAUAGCGGGCAACUCAUUUCUCUCUAACAUCCUUGGAAGCAGAGGAGCUGUGAGCCAGAAUAGAGUCGACUGUGGGACUCGCUGGGAUUGAAUAUAUGCUCAUGCUGGUGUGUGUGUGUGAGUGUGCGUGUGUGUGAGCUGAUAAUAGCAGCCCCAUUGGUAUUCAGCGGAGGGAGCUCCAGGAUCUCGCUGCGCCUUUCCCCAGGAUGGGAUCACAGAGCAGGGAUUGUGCUCGCCUGUGGAGAGCCCGCUGAAAUGGAUCUGAAGCCUUGCAGAGAUAGACACCAAAUGGGCAGCAUGGAAGCCAACAUACAGCCUCCAGCAACCAGCUUUCCGCACCUAACCAUCUCCAGCCAUCAGUUUGAACCAUCCCAGCGAGGACUGAGCCUGAAGAGUUGAGGCCGGACAAGCUAGACAGAGAUACCAGAAGCCGUCUACAGGAAGUAGAGAAAAGCAGAGGGUGACAAGCCUCAGAGGAGUUGACUUACAACGAUCCAGUGAACCUGUUGAGCAUACGUUUGAGCUUCUUGGACUUCAUCUGAAAUAAAUAGGCUACAGUGAUGCUUGAGCAAUGGUAUGGAGCUUUUGGACAUGUCCGGAUUUAUCGACUGGAUAUCCUAUCGAGAUUACGACAUUUUUGUGCACACCUCAGAGCUGGGCCACUUUUCCAGAUUGGCAAAAGCGAAUAAUUGAAAAUCAUCCCUCGAGAGGAUCUCUCUUCUGAUUUGUUGUGGGGGAAGAAGGUUUUAUUUUUCCUUUUUUUUUUUUUAAAGGAACAAUUACCCCCCCCCCCCCCCUUCUUUUACACCAUCUUUCUCACACAUUGCGGAGAAAUACAUUAUGAAGCAGCACCAUUCUUCUUCAUCCUCCCUCGGUGAUGGAGAGAGAGGAGGGACAGACUGUCCAGAAUAGAUAACGAGCAAAGAGACUGGCACUGAGGAGAGGAGAAGGAGAGAAAAAAUCAGAAAACAGGUAGAGAGAGAAAGAAGAAGACAGAGACAGAAGCAGAGAAGGCAAGAAAAGAAAAAAUAGAGAAUUAACCAGGAUUGUUCAAAAUCCUCUUGGAGUCUCUUUCUAAUUCGUCUGUGCCGUGUUGGAGACUAGUUAGCACAAUGUGCAGGGGAGGGGUCAGGAUUUACACCAGGGGGGGCACUUGAACAGAAGAGUAGGGUUAUGUCCCCCCUGCACCUGACUAGUCUGUAUCUUAGUGUUUGGAAGGAAGACAGACUGAAAGAUUGGCCGUUAAACAGACAGCUAUACUGAAUGAUAGGCAAGUUCUGAAGCUGCUAAGACAGACAGAGAGGAAGAUAGACAGACAGGAAGACAGGUACACAGCCUAUUCCAAGUGUCAGGCAGAGAGCCAGGCAGGCAUCCAGUGCCGGCACAGUAGACAGCGUGCGAUUCAUUGUCAUUCUAUGCAGUGUGUGAGGAAGAGACAGGGAGAAGGAAAGAAAGCAGAGACAGACAGAAAGAAGGAGCAUCCCUGUGUUUGUAGCUUCUGGAGAAUCUCACUCCAUCUGCAUCCACCUCAGUCAAGCCCAUGCACUAAAAAAAACAGGCCAGGAGGGAGGGGGCUGUUACUAGAAAGGAAAUACAGGUUGGGGAGGGAGGCAGGCAGAGAAACAGAGGGAGAGAGCAGGUGUCGGAAAUCCUCCCCUUCAUCUGCUUGUCAUUUACUCCUUUAUGUUCUAUCGUCGUCUGGCAAAGUGAUUGGUUUUCUGAUGCCGGCGUUCCUCUGCUCAUAGGCCCUCCGAAGUCCCAAGGAAAACAAGAGGUGGGCAGGCAGAGGAAAGCAGAAAAAGAAAGCACAAAAGGAAAAGUGGAGCCCCAUUUUGAUUGACAAAUCUUUCACCCCUUUAAUUUUUUUGUUUGUCAAGACAGGCUCUUGCUAUUUUUUUUGCUUUUUUUCUUAAAGUAAAAGAAGUAAAGAAUAACACCGGCCAAAUCAAUCCCUCAUUUUCUUUGUACACAGAAUUGAACCUCUCCUUUCAUCAGCUGUUGAUUUUUCUUGCCUUGUUCUAAAGGAAUUAUCUGACUAUAAAUACUGGAAUCUUCUAGAAUCCCUCUAUAUGUCCUCACCCCCCAAUGACACACUGUGAACCCCUCUGACUCCCCCACGGUGCCCCAAACCUCCUUCGGCUGAAGUUCUAAAAACCCUGUGGUCUCAAUGCCUAUGUUGACUCACUACUAGAGCGAUAAUAUGGCACAGUGCUUCUGAUAACGUCUGAUUCAUUCUGUGGUGGUACAGGCAGCCAGCAGACCAUUCUCCAUGAGGAGCGGUAGAAGAUGCCGGCUCUGCCAGCACUGCUGCUGUCAAUACACUUCCUCGGCUUCCUGCUAAUCACCAUGCCGCCACGUUCCCUCAGUCAGGCCCCCUUGCUCUCCUCUGUCCGCAUGGCGGCAAUCCUGGAUGACCAGUCUGUGUGUGGGCGUGGGGAGCGGCUGGCGCUGGCCCUGGCCAGGGAGAACAUCAACAGCAUAAUGGAGGGUCCGUCCCGAGCCCGAGUGGAGGUGGACAUAUAUGAGCUGCAAAAAGACUCCCAGUAUGACACUACUGACACCAUGUGUCAGAUUCUACCCAAAGGCGUCGUCUCUGUGAUAGGUCCCGCCUCCAGCCCCGCCUCCGGCUCUACUGUCAGUCAUAUAUGUGGAGAGAAGGAGAUCCCUCAUGUAAAGAUUGGUCCGGAGGAAACUCCCCGCUUGCCGUACCUGCGCUUUGCCUCUGUCACUCUGUACCCUAGCAACGAGGACCUGAGCCUGGCCAUAGGAGCCAUUUUGCGCUCGUUCAGUUACCCCUCAGCCAGCCUGGUGUGCGCCAAGGCUGAGUGCCUGCUGAGAUUGGAGGAACUGGUCCGCCGCUUUCUCAUCUCUCGGGAGACGCUGUCAAUCAGGAUGCUGGAUGACAACCUGGACCCUACGCCGCUGCUGAAGGAGAUCCGUGACGACAAAGUGGCCACCAUCAUCAUUGAUGCCAAUGCUUCUGUCUCCUAUCUCAUCCUCAAGAAGGCGUCAGAGCUGGGGAUGACAUCAGCAUUUUACAAGUACAUCCUCACCACCAUGGACUUCCCACUACUGAGACUGGAUGAUAUAGUGGAUGAGCAGUCCAACAUUGUGGGAUUCUCCAUGUUUAACACCACCCAUCCCUUCUAUUUGGAGUUCAUCAGGAGCCUCAACCUUUCUUGGUGGGAGGGCUGUGACCUUACGUACCCCGGCCCCGCGCUCUCGUCAGCGCUGAUGUUUGAUGCGGUACAUGUGGUGGUGGGAGCGGUAAGGGAAUUGAACCGCAGUCAGGAAAUUGGAGUGAAGCCUCUCAGCUGCACCUCACCUCAGAUCUGGCAACACGGGACCAGUCUUAUGAACUACCUGCGCAUGGUGGAGUACGAUGGUCUGACGGGGCGCGUGGAGUUCAACAGUAAAGGUCAGAGGACCAACUAUACCCUGCGGAUCCUGGAGAAACACAAAGGAGGCCAUAAAGAGAUCGGGAUCUGGUACUCCAACAACACCUUGGCAAUGAACUCCACCAGUCUGGAUAUUAAUGUCUCAGAGACGCUGGCAAACAAGACACUCAUUGUCACCACCAUACUGGAGAACCCAUAUGUGAUGCGCAAAGACAACUACCAGGACUUUCAGGGUAACGACCAAUAUGAGGGUUUCUGUGUCGACAUGCUGAGGGAGUUGGCAGACAUCUUGAAAUUCUCCUUCAAGAUCAAACUGGUGGAUGAUGGGCUGUAUGGUGCUCCAGAGCCCAACGGCUCUUGGACUGGCAUGGUUGGAGAGCUAAUCAACAGGAAAGCAGACCUGGCCGUGGCAGGCUUCACCAUCACGUCAGAGAGGGAGAAAGUUAUUGACUUCUCUAAGCCGUUCAUGAACCUGGGAAUCAGCAUCUUGUACAGAGUUCAACUGGGUCGGAAGCCGGGUUACUUCUCCUUCCUCGAUCCCUUCUCUCCAGCUGUCUGGCUCUUCAUGCUGCUCGCCUACCUGGCUGUCAGCUGUGUGCUCUUCCUGGCUGCAAGGCUGAGCCCCUAUGAAUGGUAUAACCCUCACCCGUGUCUGCGAGAGCGCAGGGACAUGUUGGAGAACCAGUACACCCUGGGAAACAGCCUGUGGUUCCCUAUCGGAGGCUUCAUGCAGCAGGGAUCAGAGAUAAUGCCCAGAGCCCUGUCUACCAGAUGUGUUAGUGGGGUGUGGUGGGCAUUCACCCUGAUCAUCAUCUCGUCCUACACGGCCAACCUAGCAGCCUUCCUGACCGUCCAAAGGAUGGAGGUUCCAAUUGAGUCUCCCGACGACUUGGCCGACCAGACAAACAUUGAGUAUGGCACCAUCCAUGGAGGGAGCACCAUGACCUUCUUCAUGAACUCACGUUACCAGACCUACCAGCGGAUGUGGAACUAUAUGAACUCCAAGCAGCCCAGUGUAUUUGUGAAAAGCACAGAGGAGGGCAUCGCCCGGGUGGUCAACUCCAAGUAUGCCUUCCUGAUGGAGAGCACCAUGAAUGAGUACUACCGUGGCCUCAACUGUAAUCUCACACAGAUAGGAGGCCUGCUGGACACCAAGGGCUACGGCAUUGGCAUGCCACUGGGGUCCCCGUUCAGAGAUGAGAUCACGCUGGCCAUCCUCCAGCUGCAGGAGAAUAACAGGCUGGAAAUACUGAAGAGGAGGUGGUGGGAGGGAGGCCAAUGUCCCAAAGAGGAGGACCACCGUGCCAAGGGUCUGGGCAUGGAGAACAUUGGGGGCAUCUUCGUGGUGCUGAUCUGUGGUCUCAUCAUUGCUGUGUUUGUGGCCAUUAUGGAGUUCGUGUGGUCGACUCGCCGCUCAGCAGAGACCGAUGAGGUAUGCCCCCAUACCUGCCCUCGCCGACCCCACAGACACACCCCAGUGUCUGUCUGUCGGGAGAUGAUCACAGAGUUCCGAAACGCCGUCUCCUGUAAGAAGAGCUCCCGUAUGCGCCGCCGUCGGCCCCUCAGCAGCUCAGCAGCCCUGCGCCACCCCACACGCAUAGCUCUGGGGGCCCCUCGGCCCUUGCGCCUGGUCCGGGAGAUGCGCCUCAGCAACGGCAAGCUUUAUAGUGGAGCUGGCCCGCUGACAGGUGGAGCUGGAGGUGGAGCAGGAGGGACAGGGCUUUCCGAUCUGGGUCCUGGGCCACAACGGAUUCUAGAUGAUCCACUGGGGGCCAACACCACCCCUCCGCCACCAGCCCCUACCCCAGUAAUGCUGCCUGCCCGCAGCUGCGCCCAUGUAAGGAUCUGUCAGGAGUGUCGGAGGAUCCAGAGCCUGAGAUCGAGCAGCAGUAUAGGAUCAACCACAACAAGAAUACCACCUUCAUCAGCACCCCUGCCCAGGCUACCCCCACCCCCACCCCCAUCCUCAUCCAACACAGACAGUGAGGGUGGGGGCGGGGCCAGCCCGAGGCGGCCACACCACAGCCCCCCACCUCAUACCUCCCGACCCAUUCCCCCUCCACAAAACAGCAACACCACAGACCUACUGGGUGAUCAGGACUGAGACAAGAAGCAAUGGGCUGGAUGAGAGGGCCGCAGGGAGUCAGUGAUGUGACACUGAGAAACACCGCUAGUUUCCACAGGUGAAAUUCAUCUGAGAACAAAAGAGGGAGAGAUUGAGGAAAAAACGUUGAACUCUGCAAGCUCAGCCAAUCGAAAAUGAGAUGACCUUUAAAAGGAGAAUGAAUUGAGAAACCGUGUAAUCCUUUCUCCAGUUGAGCUUCAGGCCUACAGAUACAGACCUGGCUACAAGCACGCUGUUAGAUGGUCAAGGGUUAAGCUUCUGUAAUCAACUCCGAAGAGCAAAUCUGAGCGGAGAUGCACAUGACCUGAUGAUGGUUUCCAUUGGCUCCUUUUUCCCUCCUUACUCCCCUCUUACUUCACCUUUAGAUUUGAGGAUGCUGGUUUUCUUCCGCAGACACUUCCCUGGAAGCUAACUACACCUGUAGUAAAACGAAGCCUUGUUGGAGGACAUACUGUAUCCGUAUGUGAUUUAAAACAGCAACUUAAAAGACUUCAAGAGAAUUAUUUCCUGUUGUUUUUUUCUUUUGUUGUCUUUCUUGUUUUGUUACCAUUGUUCUAAGUGGGAAUUACAGAGUUAAAUACAGACUAUGUGUGACACUAUGGUGGAUUAUAACAUACUAAGAAACUUGACUGCGGCUAGUUUUGUGUCCCUCCCUGAGCCCCAAAGCUGCUUUUAGGAAGGUAUCAGGUAAGGUGGAUGAAAUGACUUCAAGGCAACAUAAUGCAACCAGUAGCAGAGGAAACUGUCGGUCUGCCUUUCUUUACACUGUGCGUGUGUGUGUGUAAAAAUUUGUGCUUCCUGUAAGUCCGUCUGUAAAUACACAAAGCGAGCAGAACCAUGUACCCAGCUACAGCACCCUUCUACAAAUGUUAGAUUAUCAGACAGCCACAAAAAGAGAAGAGAGAGAGAGAGAGCGAGUCUUUGAAAUGUGAAAUUAAUGUCCCUCGUUAUCCUGGGUAACGCUUGCCAAGCCUUUACUUCUUUUUCACCUCUGUUCACACAGCGUAGAAGAGAUAGAGAGACCAGGCGAGGCAGAGCCAGAGACAGAGGGGCAAGAUAGAGAGGAACAGAGAGAGAGGACACAGAAAGAAGCAGAGAGUGAAAAGGACACUCCUGAAUUUGAACGAGAAAUACCUAACUGAACUACUUCCAUUAUUAGAUCUGUCCGGAUCUGUUAAUUCUGGGCAUCUUUUAAGGGGCUUGUUAAUGCGCCAGCAGGCUGUAGCUGCAGCCUCCUCCCUUCUCUCUGUUUAACAGACAGACUUGGCCGUGCACUGUAGAGGCUCCUGCCAGAGUGAUAGACUCAACACAGCCUUGUCAAUACUGUCUCAAGCUUUUGAUCGCCUAAUUACUUCCCUCGGUGGCUGGGGACUCAUUCAGGAGGGGGUUGAACACAAGAAAACAUGCUGAUAAAUAGAUUUAGAAGAAAUAAAUGCUUUUUACUCUGGCUGCAAAGGGAAUCUGGUCUCUUUUAAUUAUGUAGUUAAUGUUACAGCCCUACAGUUGUAUGAAACUCCCACUAAAACAUUUUAAACUCUACAGUCGCUACUAGCCACAGUGCUUAAAGGGAAUACACUGGUGGAUUUGCAUGUCUCAAAUUGUACACUUCAUAUUAUUCAUUAGACAGAUUUCAAAUCUCCCAAAUAGCCACUGCUUUCACAACACAUAAUCGUGGUGUAAAAAUCACAUUGCACAAACUUGCUUUAGAUAGCUGGAACAUUAAAGGAUAAGGCUGGUGACAUUCUAUAUUUUUAUAAUUGUCAACAAAUCCAAUGCAAAGACCAAAACCACCAAUCCAUUAAUCUGACACUAAGUAGCCAAAGCCUCAUGUAGCGUAUUCCUUUGUGCCAUAGACCUACAUUGUUUAAAAAACAAUUAAAAACACAUUAAUGAGUCACAUUGUUGCACUGGUUUGAGUAGAACCUUUUUUUUAAAAUGAAAGUAUAUAUUUGUGAACAUUUUUUAAGAGUUGCAUCUUCAGUGGGGCAAAAUGGGAUUGUUGAUGAGCGCCACAAAAAGGCUGGGGAACUCAGAAAGUAUUGAGAGACACACGAGAUUUGUUGAGAAGAAAUAAAAUAUAAAAUACUGCCAGCUUUAUCACUUAAAUCCGCUUUAUUUUAUGCACCAUCUUCAUCCAUCGUCAACCGCUUAUCCUGCGUACAGGGUUGUGGGGCUAGAGCCAAUCCCAGCUGACAUUGGGCCAAACAAAUAACCAGUCACACCUAAGAACAAUUUAGGGACACCAAUUAACUGCAUGUCUUUGUGGGAGGAAGCCGGAGAGAGAACCCACACAGACACAGGGAGAACAUGCAAACUCCACACAGAAAGGACGGGCAACCAGGGUUUGAACCCACGCCAUUCUUGCUGUGAGGCGACAGUGCUAACCACUUUACCACUUGCCGCCCCGUCACUGUCUUAUUGAUUUGAAUUAAAUAAAGCUCUUGCUUGCAUUGAUGUUCAGGAUCACAAGAGAUCAGAUCAGUUUUAGGUCAGUAGUAAAAGAAUGAGCUGCAGUCCACUUAUUUACAUGAGUGCAGGACAGAUAAAAGGUGUGAUUGGUUACUGCAGCAUGGUUUCAUUUUAGUUUACCCUAAUCAAACGUGCCCAUGAUUACUUUUAUGUGCUGCAGCUGUGUUCUCUGUGGUAUAACACAUCUGUAAAAGGGUCCCCUCAGAAGCAAAUGUUACUGUGUCAACAGUAUUUAUAUACAUUUCAACAGUAUCAUAUUUCCUGAUAUGUUGCACAAUAGCCUAUCAGCCCCAGAUUAUAUAUAUAUUUUUUGAUAUGACAUCAUUAUCAAGUGCUGUAUUAGCAAUUUCUGCACUGCAGGUAGUUGACUCAUCAAUUUCUCAGUGUUCAUUGAAUCAGUUACCUAAUCAGUUCCCAAAACAUUCACUGUAGAGUGACUCACUGCUUACUGCUGAACUAUGGGGCAGUCUGACACAAACAAUUAGUUAUAGUUAGUAUAGUAUACUGUGCUAUAAAAAGGAAAUGCUGACAUCCAUGAUCUAAGGGUUAGCUAAUGCAACGUUUUCAAUGCAAGAUAUUACUGUAUUCCCAUCAUCCUGUUCAGUGUUCAUGUUUGCUUAUUGUUCAUCUUUUAUGGUUUGAUUUACUGACAGCAGAUCUUUUGAAUGUAAUGCUUUUCAGCAGCAACAAGGACACAGGCCCUCACUUGCUUCACACCCAUUCAGACUCAGCAGUAACGCACCAAACCACCAGCUUAGCCCAUUGCAAAUGAACCCUUGAUAACUGGCAUUGUUGUUUAGGCAAACAUUGCAUUGCUGUAUAACGGUAAGUGUUUUGCAGUGAAGCUGAUUUGUUGACACUGUUGUGCUCCAGAUAAUGAUUGAUAACAUUGUUUGCGCACAUUAUGCUGUUUCUCUGAAUGACUGCUGUCAGCAGAAGCAUGCCUGGAUUUCAUGUGUCUCUUUCUCUCUGUUUACUUCUGCUUUUGUGUUCAGAAUGCUGACUAGGCAACAGGAGCCAACCAAACUUUCCACAUGUGGUCACAGUAUACAGACACACACGUGCUCACAUACAAGAGACACACAAUAUCUUCACUUCUGUUUCCCUUGUUGUCUAAAGGCUGUAAACCCACUGGCAGUUUUUUUCUUUCAUUUUAAAAUUUGUCUUCAGAGUCUUCUUUGGUUUGUUCUGUGUACAAAAUCACAAAACUUGAUAUUUGACAGCACCACAUAGUCAAUAAGUGACUAUCAAGAGCUUUAAACAAUCAGCUGAAGCAUUUAUAAGCUGCAAAGCAUUACUGUGGAGAGACAAGAAGAGAGUACAAACCCUAAAAAGCCCAAAUAUUGCUAGUAUGAAUAUCAGAGGUAAGGGAGGGUCACAAAACAAAUCUGGGGUGUCUGAACGGCCACCCCACAAAACAAACUUUUUUGUUUACUUUUAUGUUCUUUUCUUUGGUAUUUUUUCAUAUUUCUAUACCAGUGCUAAAUGGAUUAUUAAAACUGAUGAUGAAUAUUAUUAUUAAAUUGUUGUUAUUAUUCCUAUUGAAGAGCAAGAGGUUCUAUAGUGUGAUUGUGGGUGAAGGGUGUGGGAUGGGAGGUGUUGGGGUACAAUGACAGAUUGCCCUGUUGUUCAAACCUAUAGACACAAACUUCUUUUGGAAUAAAAAUAUACAAACUGUUCCACAGUGA